UUGGAGGCCAGGCGAGCAGUGGGAUACCGACGGAUAGGAAGUGACGGGGCUGCGUGAAUAGCAGAGGGGGGGGAAAAAAGACGGGAAUAUCAACACAAAGCAGAAUGAGAAGCAACGUGCCAUCAUCGGAGUAUUGCCUGUAGAGCGGGGGAAACUAAAUUGCGCAUGAUCCUGUUAAUAACGCCCAGACAAGUUGCGGACCCAGAGAUUUUCAAUGGAAGUGAACCAGGCUGGUAGUUGAGAAAAGCUCAGAGUUUAGGGGGGAUUGUCGAGUCGCUGUAGACUAAUUUCCAUGAUCGUUUAAGCAAGUUUGGGAAACGCUGGCAUUCUGGGCAAUUUUAAAGCGACCUAAAGAGCAUGGAAGAGGAACGCGUAAAGUAUAGGUUGAAUAGGUAGGACAGUGAUAUCCGAAAUGCAAGUAAAUCAUUCGGGGAUAUUAUGAACGCAGACCUUUGGACUUCGCCGAGAUUUUUUCCUCUGUCACGUUCAGUUUUGCGACUUCUGGGAUGUUUGCGAGUUGCAUCUCUCCGGCGCCAGUUCGGAUAUUGACUUCACUUUGCGCCCUGCUGCUGUUCAUGAGCCCGGGACUCGGUUCGGAGCUGCGGGUCCGGGUCCGGCUCUCUGACGGGCUGAUCACCGAGGAGGUGCUGGAGGCGGACAGUGAGAGAGACUCGAUAUCACUUGAAUUCAAACAGGGAGAUGGGACGCUCAUUACGUUUGUGGCUGACUUCAAACAGGAUGUGAAGAUAUUCCGAGCGCUCAUCUUGGGGGAGCUGGAAAGAGGGCAGAACCAGUACCAGGCCCUGUGCUUCAUUUCCCGCCUUAACCACAAUGAGAUCAUCCCCAGUGAGUCCAUGGCCCGACUCAGACAGAAAAAUCCUCAGGCCAUUCGCUUGGCAGAGGAGCGGAAAGGACUGGAGCAGCUGACCAUGAGCGUGGCAGUCAAUCUGAGUCGGGCGUGGCAGCUCAGCUCCCACAUUCACAACAUGUGCAGUGAGGCUCGUGAGGCCAUCUACACCAGGGAGGCCGAUGUCAAACACUGGCUGGACAAAGGAGUGGAGGGCUCCUUGUUUGAGAUCCUGCCUCAGACAGCAGAGGUGCCCAGUCUUCAGGCCUGCCGUUCCACGAAGGACCUGUGGCAGCCCUGCCUCUGCACAUACAGCCUGCGCCUGGAGUGGUACCCUUGCCUGCUGAAGUAUUGCCGCAGCCGGGACACCACUGGCAAAGGCACCCCUUACAAGUGUGGCAUAAAGAGCUGCAGCAAAGGCUACCAGUUCACCUACUACGUUCCACAAAAACAGCUCUGUCUAUGGGACGAGGAGACCUAGCAUUCUGCUGGAUUGCAAAACAGAGAUAAAUCCAUUUUCCCCAGCCAAGUCAAUGCCUCUCAACCCUCCUCUUGAGAGCGAAUAUAGUGAUACCAUUUGGAUGCCAGUUUGUAAGAUGUAAGUGAAGCUGUUUCACAUGGGGAGUGGUUAGAUCCAGAUGUCCAGGCUGAAAUAGAAAGCAAUUCAGGUUCUAAAUGAGACCAAAACCUUUAUGGAAGCAGAGCUGCAGUACAUAUGUACAUUCUAAGCGGACCCGCUGACUUUAAAACUUAUAAUUUUAAUGUGACUUUGCCAAGAAGUGGUCACUUGUGUGCCUUUUUGGGAGAAAAUAUUGGCGUAAAUGAAAGAUGUCAAAAACAACAACAACCUCUCAUACAGACUGUAUGCACAAAGCUGGACAGUGCAUCCUCUUCUACAUUUCUGGCCAGUUUGACACCAGCAGAGGAGCAGCAAGCUAAUCAAAGGAGCCAUAUGAACACAAUCGCCCUCCUGAUGAAGGAAUAUUUGGACGGGGGACCUGUCUGUCAGUGUAAAAAUAUGGCUUGGUGAGAAAAAGCUGUGGUUAAGUGCAAGUUGGCUGACUUGGAAAAAGUCUAUCUGAUGCUGGCUUUAUUUAUUUUGGUUGCAAAGUGAAAUUAUGGAGGAUUAUUUUUGUACCUUUUUGUUGAAAAUAACCUCAUGAGAUUCUGUGUUUUCUUUUUGUACCUGUAUCACACAAGCUCUUAAAUCAUGUGCCCAAAUCACCUGUCCACAUUAACAGGAAGUGUUUUUAAGUAGGCAAAUAUCCACCUGUAUGUCAUGCCAGUUUGUUAUCAUCUUUUCAUGGUUGUUAAGAGGGUGUGGGUUACCAAAUGGAUCAAUUAUCUUCUUUGAGAAGACAGUUUUAGCUCCACGUCCCCUGUGCCCAUAGCUCACGAUCUCAAUUUCUUUUUAAAAGUGUCAAGUAAACCAAAGUCAGCAUUCUCAAAGGAAAAUACUGUCAAAAGGAGGGUGUUAAGUUUCAGUUUCCUAAAAGCAGGCUCUGCAGUAGAUUUUGCCAUGUUGGGAUACACAGAUUACACAUCAGUGUAUUCGUUUUCAGAAUCUCUACUGCCACCCUCUGGUUAUAUGGCUACACAUUUCUGAUUUUUUUUUUUCCUGCAAAGAAUGAUAUCCCUAUGGUUGAAUUCUGGUUUCUGGUGUCACUUCAUUUCAGAAAUUAAAUAUUUAUCACAUGUCCAUCUCAAAUCCCUGUUCACUUUUAUGGUGUAAUUCAAGGAGCACUUCUUGAACUUGUGGGACCAAAUUUCAUUUUUCAUUGUUUGUAGAAUAAUGGUUUUGAGUAUUUUUGUCAUUCAGCCACGUUUGUUUUGUCUUAUCUCCCUCUCAUUUCACCUGUCACUGCCAUAUCAAUGUUCAUUUUGUUUUGUUUUUUGUAUGUCCUCCUAACCGAAGAACCAAAUGAGCGAAACAUUUCGGUUUGUGGCCUUUUUUGGUGAUCAAGUGCCUUAACAUUUCCACUGAUAUCUUGGCUGUGUAAUUCUAGAGUAAGUUGUUAAGCAUAUUUUUCUAUGAAAGAGUUUUGAAUAUGAUGUAUUAAAAAAAAAAGUUGCCCUAAUGAGAAAACAAGGCAAUUAGCUUAUGUACCAUUUUGAGAGUUGUGUUUUACAUGAAUUGUUUCAAUAAAGUUUUUCUUUGCACUGCAGUAAUAAAAAUAG